AUGAUAUGCUCUAUGACGAGUAUUCUUACAGUUACUGCCAUCACAUCAUCUGUUCCAAUCUCCGGUCGCUGCCGCUCGCACACAGCAACCGUAAUCCGACAAGGUGACGACGACGACGACGACNACGAAUUAACGUCACAACAGCUUAUGAUGAGAUGCAUGGUCGGCAUCUUACAGCCAACGUUGCCGUCGACGAAUCAACGCGAUUCCGGCGAUUUGCAACGACAGCAAAAAGUCACGCCGACACCACAGGAGGACUAUUAUCACGAUCUUGAUCUGAGUCAUGCGGAAGAUGGCCGUAAUUAG